CCAUCUUGGUAUUAAUCAUAGAUAGAUAAUUCAGCCAUGCCCAAAUUGCUGAUGGAUUUCCUCCAUGAGAAGCAAGAACCAUUUUCCAUGGAUCAAUACCUUCUUGAAAGAGGCCUAAUUCCUUUUAUGUGUAAUAAUUCUUCCAAACCCUCGAAGAGAUCAUCGAUCCGAAGGCCAAAAUCUGUCCCAAACUGCACUGAAUUUGUCAAGGCAGCGGUUGGAAGAGUGGUGGAGAUAAUCAAUGGUGAUCGAAGAAACAGAUCGUGCGAUGAAACCUGUGAUGAUCGGUAUUUGUCAAAAAUUGGCACCACUUUGGAAGAAGAGGUUGAUGAAGACAAGAAGUUGGAGGAAUCUGUCAAAUGUUUCGAUAAACAGCUCAGCCAUGUGUAUGUUCUUGAUGCUACCGAAUCCGGAAAAGGGUCGCCUCUUUACCAUGAGCAACGAUAUAUUCAGACAACAACAACAAUGCAAGAAAACUCCCUAAAAUUCACCCCGAAGCCACAUCAUCAUCCAAAGAAGUAUUACAACAACAUCAAGGAUCUCUAUCAAGAAUUUAUGAUGAAUACGGAUUCAUAUUCUUCUAAGUACCUUACGAACAUGAUGGUAUUAGAGCGAACAAAGCCGCUCAUGAUUGAUUGUGUUAGGGAAAUCAUUGAAAGCCACAAAAAACAGAACAAAGGCAUAUACAAUCUAAAAAAAAUCUUGGAUACAGAUGAAUUGUGGCUAUUUGUUCGCAAAAAUGUAUGGGAAUGGAGCCAAGACCCCGUGGACGAAACCAAUUUAGUUUGUUUUCUCCGCAAUGAUCUAUUGGCUUCUACAGAAGAGUCAAGAGUUAAUUAUGAGAACAUAAAAAAUGAGACUUCAAUGGAGAUUGGAGCCGUUAUUUUGGAGGGAAUUGUCGAUGAGCUUGUUGAAGAAUUGUGUGGUGAAAUUUAGCUGUGUGAAUUUGUAGGAUUCUGAUUUUCGAAGAUA